AUGCAGGGCUUAUUUUCCAAAACCAAAGUGCUGAUGGUUGUUGUACACAUUGCAGCACUGGCAUCGUCCAAGCCCAUGGAAGAGGUACCGCCAUCAGCCAUCUGUCUAUACAAACACAUUUGCGCGCCGCAACGGAUGGGAGACACACAGCCCACAUACGAGUACCAGCUUAUUGUGUGGCCAACGGAUUUGGACGAUUUUGCAGAUGUGAUUGACGAACCAGUGCAGAAUGAUAAACCAGUGACUAUAGUCAAAGAUCCUGUGGUGGUGAUGCCCACCUUGGACGAUGAUUAUGAGGAAAAUGGGGAGGAUGUUGGAGUGGUGGUUGACACAGCGACACCAAUAGUGGAUAUUCAGGGUCCAUCAGACAAUGUGAGGAUAAUGCAAAAUUACCAUAAAACCUAUGCAAACGGAAGUGCCGAGUAUAUGUUGGUACUCAGCAAUGGUCUGGUCAAUUAUCAACGCAUUGAUCUGAAGAAAGUCGAUUCCGAGUUACUUCCCGUGCAAAAUGGCUACUACACGGUACCCUUAGAGGGCGACCCAAUAUCCUUCCAAACCACUUAUUACCAUGCUGAUGAGAAUGGCUAUCAUGUUCACAAGACUGAACUAAGUACCCGCAAUCCUACCCAUGACUUAAAGUUGGAUGAAAACCAGGAUUGGACUGAUAAGGGUGGAAUAUACAAUGGCAUUGAGUUCCAGCAAAUAAAUGGUGGUAUUAGUUUAUUAGGCAGCACAUACAAAAAAGCACCCACACAAACCCAGGAUGGGUUUAUGAACAUUCACAUCGAUCCCUGCCCCACUCCGUUCCAGUACAUUGAGUUUGAAGAAUAUGAAGUUAUACUUCGUCCACAUAUAAUGGAGUGA